AUGCGAGCCUCUCUGGGCCCAACGGACUCCUUCUGGCUCAAGCGGCUCCUGCUGUCAGAGAUAACAGACACGGCCCACGGGAUGAUCUACCUUGUCAACAGAUAUGACUUCGUUCCAAAUGGUGGAUGGAUUUUUUAUAAAAGACGCAGUCAGCCUCCAUUCCUCACUCUAAUGGUGGACAGCUACUAUAAAGCAACCAAGAAUAAAAAGUUCCUCAGAGCAGCUCUGGAGCAGGAGUACCGAUUUUUGAUGCAGAACCGCUCUGUUACUGUGAAAGUAAAUGGAGCAGCACAUCGACUGAACCGGUACCAUGUGCAGGUGGGCUUGCCCAGGUACGUACUGAAAUGCAUCAUUCUGGAAUGAGCUGAUGGACUCACAGAUGACUGGAAUGAGCGGCUGUGGAUGGAUCUGCAAGCGGAUGCAGAGUCUGGCUGGGACUUCGCGUCCCGCUGGUCCACGGAUGGCCUCGGGGACACCGGCACUAAUCAGGUCCUGCCCACUGACCUCAACGCUCUUCUGUGCCUCAAUGAGAGGACUCAUGCAUCGUUUCACAGGAUACUGGGUGAUGGUGACUCAGCUGCACUUGACUAGAAUGCCGCCCGCAGACUGGAGGCGAUGGAGUCUGUGCUGUGGGAUGCUGAGAGGGGAGCCUGCUUUGACUUCAACCUGAUGACGCACUCCAAACACUUUGAGUUUCCCCCCUCCAACCUGGCACGUUGGUCACCGUGCUCUUCUCGGCCUGAGAUGGGAGAGAAGGCAGUCCAGUAUCUGAAGAGUGGUGCUCGCCAGUUCCCCAAUGGCGUGCCAGCGUCUCGGCAGCAGUGGGACUACCCCAACGCGUGGCCUCCUCUGCAACACAUGCUCAUUGACGGUUUAUCCAAACUGCCCUCAGAGGAUGCUCAGCAACUGUCAUUUGGUUUGGCCCAGCGUUGGAUCAACAACUGGUUGGCACACAUGAAGUAUGAAGCCAUGUUUGAAAGGUCUGACGUGAACGGCGAUGGCAAACCCGGCGGUGGAGGAGAAUAUGAAGUUCAGCUGGGUCUUGGCUGGACCAAUGGUGUGGCCCUGCAGCUCGUGGACCAGUACGGGGCGACUCUCACGUCGGGAUGCAGACUGAUGUCUUCUGGCCUGCUGCUGCCUCUCGUCAUCUCAGCCGCUCUCAUGCUCCAGUGAGAGGCCAAAGGAGGUCUGAUUUUAUUAUCUGUGGUUUCACUGCACUGCAUCACUCCUUUCCAUUGGCAGACUUCAAACGAGUGAACAUGAAACAUCCAACUAAAUUGUGUUUCUUGUAUUUUUUUUUUUUUAAACGAUUGGAUAUUUUUCCGAAUCAAAUACGAUUACGAUCACUUUUGUGAGUAAACAGGGUAUACUUUAUCAUCAAAGAAUUUCCUCGAUGAAUAAUUCAGUAUUUAUUCUUGGCGGUAAAUGAUCAGUGUGUUGCUGAACUGCAGCCUGACUCGUUCCUUCUAUUUGCAUGCAUCUGAAGACACUCGUGUUAAAUACAUUGACGAACACAAUGACAUCAGCGGGUCGCGCACAACAUUUUGGGCACAAGCGGUCUAUGACCGCAAGCCCUCUACCGUGUGCUUAUUAGACAACACUUAAUGUAACCUUACAUGUAUUACAUGUACUUUGUUCCUUUCUUUUCUGCCUCUGCUCCAGCAGCGGCCUGAUGCAUUAUUGUUAUGGAUUUGUAUUUCCGUGACUGUGACCUCAAAACAUGUUUUUGGCCAAAACCUCAAAAAUUCACUUAAAUAUGACAAUGGCACGCACAGUUAUCAAAGGAUAAAAGGAUAAGCUGAUGGCAUUUAAG